AAUGUCCUUAUAGCCAGGGAAGCAACCCGGAAACUGCAUGCCAUUACCGCUCCUUCUCUCUUUUUUCUCGGAAAAUUCAUCUAUUACUCCUUCCCAUACAUUCCUUCUUCCUUUAAAUCAAAACCCGUGAGCAUGGAGGGCACGAGCGACAGCAAGAAGAGGAAGAUUUGCUGCGGGGAGGAUGACGAAGAAGAAGAUGAUGAAAUCAAAAUGGAGAAAUUCUUCGCUCUGGUCAGAAGCAUUCGAGAGAGCCGCGAACGGCUGAUCAAGUUUGGGUCAGAUGCGUACGGGGAGACAGAAAAUGGGAGCGGCAAGGCACAGAAUAGAGUGGGAGUUUGGAAGCCGCAGUUUCAGAUUGAAGAUUUCAUGGAAGUAGAUCCUCAUCAGGAUCGGAGCCAAAAGCAUGCUCCUCUGAACUCCUCUCUACCAGAUCAUGCUUCUCCUGAUAAGAAGAAAGUAGCGGAUGAGGAGAGGGAAGCAGAAAAGGGCAUGAAUCUCAGCCUCUCGCUUUGAAGUUAGUUCUAAUUAUGUUCUUUUUUUUUUUUUUUGACCAGCAGUUCCAAUUAAGUUCAGUCCGACUUCUGCAUACCCUCUUCGUUGUGUUUGCUUGUAUGUCCACACGCAGAUGCAGCUACCAACUAGCUUGUUUUCUGUAUGCUGCAUCUUGUAGCUCGUUAAUCCUUAAUUCAUGGCUUUCAUUUUAGUGUUUGCCUGUGUGGCUUUUCAGUUCCAGCCACAAUUUCU